CAGGGAGGUAAAAACCGCCGCAGAGGCAAGAACGAAAAUGACAACGAGAAGCGCGAGUUGAUCUUCAAGGAAGAAGGCCAGGAGUACGCCCAGGUUGUCAAGAUGCUUGGUAACGGCCGUCUCGAGGCCUCCUGCUUUGACGGCGAGAAGCGUCUGGCGCACAUUCGUGGCAAGCUCCGAAAGAAGGUCUGGAUCAACCAGGGUGACAUUAUCCUCUUGUCCCUGCGUGACUACCAGGACGAGAAGGGUGAUGUGAUCAUGAAGUAUACUUCGGAUGAGGCCCGAAGCUUGAAGGCUUACGGUGAACUUCCCGAGGGUGCUAAGAUCAACGAGUCCGGAGGGUACGUCUACGACGAGGCUGCCGAGGACAUUGGCUUCGAGUUCGACGAGGACCGCGACGAGGACAGCGAAAAGAGCGACAAGGAGCUCGAUAUUGACGACAUCUAA